AUGGAUCCCCAUUUGAUGGAGGCCGCUCGAGCAGGAAAUAUCAAUUACUUGUAUGCAAGAAUUCAGUCAAAACCGGACAUUUUGAACGGCAUGAACGAAGAACUUUUUGUGGAGACUCCUCUGCACGUAGCCGCAUCAGCUGGACAAAUCGAUUUCGCCUUAGAAAUCCUCAGAUUAAAGCCAUCAUUCGGCAAGAAGUUGAAUCCAGAAGGGCUAAGCCCCUUGCACUUGGCUUUGCAAAACAAGCAUUCUGAGACUGUGAGACGGCUCGUCAAGUUCGACAGUGAACUCAUCCGUGUCAAAGGAAGGGAGGGUCUCACUCCUCUGCACUUUGUAGCCCAAACAGACGAUUCGGACGAUCUUUUAUCUGAAUUUCUACAUCUUUGCUCAUCAUCUAUAAAUGAUGUGACAAUUCAUGAAGAGACUACGUUGCACAUGGCUGUGAAAAGCUCUAGUCUUAAAGCUGUUGAAGUCCUCUUGGGAUGGCUUCGAAAGACCUACAAAGGUGAGGUGCUGUGCUUGACAGACAAGGGAGGCAACACCGUGCUGCAUAUUGCGGUGUCCACUUCACAACCCAAGAUUGUGAAGUUAUUAGUGAAAGAAAUCUACCCGGACAAAAAUGCAAAGAAUUUGGAGUAG